AUGUCGAUGUUCCAAAUUAUUACCCAAGAGGGAUGGACGGAUGUGGUAGUUGAAAUUUUGAGAGCCACCAAUGAAUCGAUGGUUCCGUUCGUGGCCAUUUACUUUGUUGGGUAUCAUCUUCUGGUCACGCUGAUUGUAUUGAGUCUUUUCGUGGCAGUCAUUCUUGAUAACUUGGAAAUGGACGAGGAACUGAAGAAGGUGAAACAACUCAAAGCUAGAGAACAGAAUACCAUCAAAACCACUCUACCAUGGCGUCUUCGAGUGUUCGAUCGCUUUCCAACCAGACCACAAAUGAUUUCAUUGAAGAAAGUGACGUCCGAAUUUCCUCUGCCAAAAAUUCGCGAUUCAUUCACUAGACAAUUUGCCGACGACUCUGAACGGAACACUCUAGAAAGCGUGAAUGACAUUGAACCGUCUGUGAACCGAUCGAUAUUGCGAAGAGGAGCGAAUAUUCGAGCUCAGCAGAAAGUUCGAAUGCGACAUAUCGGACACAAUUCGAGCCGUCACAUUGUGUCUUCAUUACUAGAUGAAUCAAAUCGUAACAGAGCCCUCUACUGCGACACCAAUCAGAUCAUUCCACCUCUCGGGCGUGGAAUUCUCAAGAACAGCAAAGGAACACAGGGUUCUCGAUCACGUGGAUUCCAGUCUAUGAAGGGCAAGACUCAUAUGGAAAGCUUGAAGGAGAACGGUGACGUUCGUCCGACGGACUCUGCUCCAAAGAAGGAUCCCAAACAGGGUGAGAUCGACAUCAAGGCGUUGCAACAGAAACGAGCACAUGCUGAGAUCACACGGCAAGAAGAAAUGCGAGAGAAUCACCCACUGUUUGAUCGGCCCCUUUUCGCCGUUGGACGUGAUUCACGCCUUCGAAUUCUUUGCCAGAAUAUCGUCUACGCGCAGUACUCACCUGAACGUAUAGAUCCAGUCACUGGAAAGCAGAUCGUCCUGAAAUACAAGCAGUUACAUGACUUCAUCGGCCUCAUGACUUACCUCGACUGGACGAUGGUGCUCGUCACAUCCCUUUCAUGCUGGUCGAUGCUAUUCGAGAGCCCGUGGCCGACUACUGGAGAAAACCUCAUUUUCAACAAUCCAUACUUACAAAUCACCGAGUAUCUCUAUGUCGUCUCGAUGACGUUUGAACUGAUGGUGAAGGUGAUUGCAAACGGCCUAUUUUUCACACCAAAAGCCGUGGUAAAGGAUGUCGGCGAUAUAAUGACUUUCUUCAUCUAUUUCGUAAGUUGUUUACAAGUACAUGAGAAAGUUCUGUGA